ACAAGCAGGGCUUCACGCGAGCGCGAGCGGCAGCGAUGUCUCCUUCCAGGGGCGGCGAGAUGGCCGCAUUUGAAAGGCCCGGCCGAAUUCAAAGGCACGGGUGCGCCUGGCCGGCCAUGGGCCAGGUGCUGCUGGUCUCGCUGAUCUGCGGCCUCGCCGGCGCGGCGGAGGUGAGGCUGGAGGACCUCUCCAACGCGCAGCUCAUCGAGGUGCUGUCCCUGGAGCUCAUGCAGCAGGAUCAGAAGGCUCCGGAGGAGCUCUAUCACCUGAACGAGUUCCAGGAGGUGUCGGAGCUGGACUGCGGCAUGCGGCUCUUCUACCUCAUGAACCAGACGGUGACGGUGCGCGAUGCGGUGGCGAAGCUGCACGAGGAUGUGCUGGGCCUCAGCGGGCUCUUUGUGCAGCUCAUGCGCCGCGCGCCUGAGGAGAGCACCUGGGUGUGGCUGGUGGCCACUUCUCAGGAGCGCGCCCUGCAGAAGGUCCAGAGCUACUACUUCCGCGUCAUGGCGCUCGCCGUGGACCAGCACCCCUGCCUCAAGGCGGUGGUGCGCGAUGCCGUGCUGCACGGGGUGGAGGGCUGGAAGCAGCUGCAAGUGGACCUUCUCGCGCUGCAAUGGCAUAGCUUCGCCUUUGGAAUGUACAAGGAGCCCGGUUUGGAGGACGAGCCAGGUCCCGGCAAAGCGGCUGUGGCAGCUUCGAAGUCCGAGGAGAGCUUCCUGGCGAGCAGCUUCUGGCUGGCCAAGCUGCGCACCUGGCUGGAAGGCCACACGGAGGACCUCUACCAGGCCAUGCUUGCGCUCGAGGGACAAGAGGUUUCUGGCGCAGGGCCCAUCCGCCUGCACCACCAGGACGAGCACGGCUCCUUUGUAACCUAUGAGUUCCUCCGCCGCAAGGUCUUCAAGCAGUGGGCCAUUGACAAGGGCCUGGUGCGGGGCUUGCUGCGGCACGUGUGGCAGCCUUCCUUGGACGGAACGCUGAGCGUCGGGGACUUCGGGGCAGGGGGUGGGCACUACAGCAAGUGGCUCAACGAGACAGGGCUUGUCGAGGCUUUCGCCUUUGACGGCACGCACCAGGCGGCGGAGCUUACGGACGGCCUGGUGCAGGAGGUGAAUUUGGUGCAGGAGAUGCGGCUCUGGCGGAGCUUCGAUUGGGUUCUCUGCCUGGAAGUGGGCGAGCACGUGCCGAAGCAGUACGCCGCCACCUUGCUGUCCAACCUGAAGCGCCAUGCGCUCCAGGGCCUGGUGAUGAGUUGGUCGGACGACUGGGAGGGCAUCGGCCACGUGAACUGCCUCUCGCGGGAGGAGUUUGUGGCCUUCGUGCAGCAGAGCACCGGCUUCGUGCUGGAUGAGGUGGCCACGGAGGCUGUGCGGAGCGCCUGCGAGAUUGACUACAUCGCCAGGACUCUGGCGGUGUUCCGAGCCCCGAAGGGAAGGAGCGAGCUGUAAAACGAUGCGCUUGCA